GGGACAAUCCUUCCUCAUGUGCCCCAAGAAGACAUAGAGAUUCUGAUCUUGUGCUGACAGCUGCAUGUAUGGGUGAUUGUGAUUCAUGCACGAUUAGUCGGGGUUUCACCUUGUGAUUUUGUUGACAACGGAUCUCUGAAGUAAAGACUCCAAAUGUAUCAGACAGCUCUCGAAUCACAUCAAAUUCAGACUUUGAACAACAGUGUUCCAGCGUCUGUCAAGUUGUCCAUAGCUUCUUCACCGAGUGAGGGCUCCGGACACCCUAGUUAUGUGAACGGUCUUCAUCCGGGGAUUGGGGGUGUUCUCAACCUCGGUGAUCCAUCCCAUCUGCAUUCUUUAAAUAGUCCCAAUGCUAGUGGAUCCCACUAUGCCAAUCAUGGCGAAGGCUCGGGUGGGCCUCCACACAUGAACUAUUCGCUCAAUGGGCAGUCUUCGGAUGAAGCGCCCAUGGGCUCAUAUUGCAAGCCCUCCACCAAUUUCCCCCCCAGUCCGAGCAGUGAUUCGCCCACAUCCGACCCUCCCACCACUCCUUCGCAACAUAAUGCAUACUCAUUGCCCCAUUUGGCUCCUCAUGCCGAUGAUCACCAUCCACAUAACCACCACCAUUCUCAAGCUUUAAGUUCCACGCAUGGAACGCCCCAAAGAGGAAACACCUCUUGUCUGACCCCUCCGCAUUCAGCUAACCAAAAGGAUAGCACCAGUAACGACUUUGACCGGCUCCAUUCGAUUCCAAAGGAUUCCUCCUACGACUCUGCCAAUUUCAGUUCGGAACAAGUGGAUUGUAUUUGUGAUUCCUUGCAUCAGCGAGAAGAUAUUAAAACCCUUGAGAGCUUCUUGAGCAUCUUAGACCAGGACUACCAAUUAGAAUCCAGUGAACCCAGUGAAGCAGUGCUCAGGGCCAAGGCCUACGUCGCUUAUGAGCGAGAACAGUAUCGUGAGCUGUACACCAUCAUGGAGUCCCGAGAUUUUAGCCCGAAAUAUCAUGAGAUGCUCCAGAACAUGUGGUACAACGCCCAUUACAAAGAGGCCGAGAAAGUCAGACAAAGAUCUCUAGGUGCAGUGGAUAAGUAUCGACUGCGGCGCAAAUUCCCCCUCCCUCGGACCAUUUGGGAUGGUGAGGACACGGUGUAUUGCUUCAAAGAGAAGUCUCGCAACGCCCUCAAGGAAAUGUACAAACACAACCGAUAUCCUACCCCGGAUGAGAAGCGGACCUUGGCCGACAAGACCAGCCUCACCAUGACACAAGUGUCCAAUUGGUUCAAGAACCGGAGACAAAGGGAUCGUACACCAGCCUCGGCCGGAGGAGCGAGGGACUACCAGGGAAUGCUCUGCUCCUCGCCGGGAUUGGAUCAUCUCGGGGGCGACCUCAAAUAUGCCAAUGAUUGUUAUCCGUCAAAAUUAUCCGACAUGCACAGAGCAGGAAUGGGUCUGGGCCUGAUCUCAUCCAUCAAGAGUGAGCCUUGGAGCUCGCUCGGCUUGAACUCGCCCUCGUCCAUGACCAAUGCCGGGUACAGCUAUCAUGGAGCCUACGGAGAUCCCCACGGACUGUCAUCUUCCCUUCAUCAUGUGACUCACAACAACGGAUCCGGAGGAUCGCCCGGACACCAAUGAUACAAUAAGAGGAAGAGCUCCAACACCCAUGAUCAUUAUUAAAUAACUUAAACACAGUGCAAUCUACGUGCCCGGACUCGAGGGCCUUCCAAUUACUUCGAAGCCCGAGUUUCGGACAAAGAGAAUAAAGGACAACAUUCUUUGUUGGUGUUCGUUUGGAAUAGUAGACUCACUUUUUUUCUUGUCAAAGCAGUGGUUGGUAACUUGAUUUAAAACCUCUAGUUAAUGUAUCAGAUUCAUGUCCGCAAUUGAAGUCGA